CAGCUCCCAUUCAUUUUCAACUGGCAUCCUGACAUUCUCCCUGAUAUGACCUUCUUUUUGCAUUUAUUAAGGCUGCUCACAGUACCCUUUUUUUUUUUUUUUCAUACUCACAAUGCUAUUUGUUGCCUAGAGCUGUUGAACUUGAAGAGGGAUUUGUGAAGAUGUCUCAGCAAGAAAACAGUAGCAGGGAUAAGAGAUGGUCUCUCCAAGGAAUGACAGCUCUUGUCACUGGUGGAACCAAAGGACUCGGGUAUGCUAUUGUGGGUGAGUUGGCAGCACUAGGGGCAAUCGUGCAUACAUGCGGGAGGAGUCAAGACCAGCUCAAUGAAAACCUCCGUGAAUGGAAGGCGAAGGGUUUUAAAGUUACUGGUUCAGUCUGUGAUUUGUCCUCUGAUGCUGAAAGAGAGAAGCUGAUGGAGGAGGUUUCUUCUUUGUUUGAUGGAAAACUUGACAUCCUUAUAAACAACGCUGGGGGGAACAUACAUAAAGGAACCUUGGACUACACAACUGAGGAUUUCGUAUCCAUCAUGAAUAUAAACCUUGGAUCUGCUUUCCAUCUGUCCCAACUUGCACAUCCACUUUUGAAAGCUUCAGGAGCUGGAAGGAUCGUCUUUAUGUCAUCCAUUGCCAGUGUGGUUUCUAUAAACCCUCAAUAUCCUAUAUAUUCCGCUACUAAAGGUGCAAUGAACCAACUUACAAGGAAUUUGGCUUGCGAAUGGGCUAAGGAUAACAUAAGGGUUAACGCAGUGGCACCAUGGGCCGUCCGAACUCCUCUCACUGAACGUUUUCUCGACGACGAAAAAAUUCGGAAGGACGUUGUCAAUCGAACCCCUAUGAAACGAUUUGGAGAACCAGGGGAUGUGUCUUCUGUUGUCGCAUUUCUAUGCUUCCCUGCACCAGGCUUCUUAACCGGACAAGUGAUUUGCGUUGAUGGAGGGAUGUCAGUGAAUGGCUUCUCCAUGGACUGAAAACUAAUUAGCUUCAAGGCCUGUUGGUUCAUCUACUAGCUAGCAGGAAAUGUACGAGAGAAUCAUAUUGCUGGUUGUUGAAGUAUUAUAGCCAAAUAAUAGUCAAAGACUAUCAAUAGCCAAAAAGUUUGUUCAUCUACUGACUUUCUUUUCUUUAUUUUUUUCUUAUGCAUAAUUCUUAAUGUUUAGGUGGAUUUUAUACUCUUACAUUUCCUACAUAAACGAAGACAUUUAUGCUUAUCUAUCUAAAAUUUAUUCUUAUCCAAAA